AUGCCCUUUCUCAACCCCGUCCAUGGACUGGUCGUCCCCUUCCUCUGCCUCUUCACCAUCCCUAUGGCCAUCUUCGCCGGAAUUACCUCGACCCUGGCCUUCUCCCUGCUCAUGUUCCGCGUAGCCAUCGUCUACGUUGACAUAGCCAUGGCCUUCGUCCCACAAUUCAUCAAAGGCCGCCACUACAGCCACAGCCUCACCGAAGGCGAACACUCAUAUGGACGCCGCCUCUCCAACUCUAGCAGAGGCAGCUACGGAAGCAGCCGGCGCGGAAGUGGAGAACACUCUCCCUCAGGCGUCGUCUCCCCUUCUCCUUACUACCAAAACCGCUACGAUGCUCCUCACCAGCGAAGUCCGCUCCGCCGCAAGACCAGCUACGGCUUUGGCUCUGUUCAUCGACGCUCUCGUCGCUCUAGUCAAGCAUCGAUCUCUCCUACCAUUGGCUCUAUCCGUGAAGACUCCGAGAUGGUCCCUGCGUUGCCCGAGUCCGGAGGGCUGGCACCUUCCGUCGGUAUCGAGCGAGACUUUGAAGGAGUAGGCGGUUGGAGACUGAAUGACUCCAACGACGACGAUGGAUGGGAGAAUAUCAACUCACGCCUGGAAUUACCGAUGGAAAGGUGUUCCAGUUUUGGAAGCCGGUAUCACAGCCUGAGCCAUCGGUCCCAUAGUGUUGGGCCCGGGUCGCAAUCGAUGGAAGGGCAAAGUAACGGUUGGUUGGGAAGUACUACUGUGAGUAGAAAGGGGACCAUGAGGAAUGGGAGUGGAAAUGGAACAAGUGGGUCUGGAUAUGGUGAUGGGGAGACGCAGCAGGCAAGUUGGAAUGGGAACGGGAAUGGGAACGGGACCGGGGGCAGGGCGAACAGGAGCGCUUCGGGGAGCAUCUCGAAGACGCUGACAGCGCUGACGCCGAGUGGUGGUGGCGAUGGUGGAAAGAAUCAUUAUCAGGGGAAUAAUGGGCCGUCGCCGAUGGGGUUGCUGGAGCAGGAGCAGGGGUAUUUUAAUAGAUCAACGGGAUAG